AUGGAUAGGGGCUUCAGUGGUCAAAGCCCGAUCGAAAGCGGCGCGGAGGCCCUAUCGAUCACACUCCCAUCCAGCCUGCCUUGCUUGCAGAAAACGAAAGUCACAAUGUAUCACGAGGGAUACCGCGGACAGCUGCGCCAUGUGCCAAGACAUUCUACACGAAAAUCGCUAUCCAAGGCUAGGCGUUUCAGGGAUAAUCCAAGCCGCGCAAAUGCUGCGGAUCAGAACUCUUCUCCGUACGCUGGUCGAACGGAGAUCCACUCGAGCUUCCCCGUGGAAUAUGCGGCUUCGCAGUCUCCUGGCCACCACGAUGGUCGAGAGGAGGAUUUCUUCGCGAAGGUAAACAUAUGCCUCCCCAUUCUCGAUGAGGAAUCUUUCAGAUAUACAUACUUGAAUCAUCAACGGAAAAUCUCCCUAGCACCGCUCUCCACCAUAUAUGCGAGCGCCUUGGUAUACUGGCAUGACUCGCCCAAAUUUCGCAACAUACGCUACCCGGAUGUUAACUUCAUUUGGGCGCAGUCGUGCGAAGCGGUCCAUUCGGAAAUGUUUCUGCCUCCUGGAAUGUCCACAGUGAUGGCCCUUAUGCUUGAUGUUUGCGGCAGACCAAGCACCACGAUGUUAGCCGAUGGGGGAUUGAUUGGCUUGGCAGUUGCGCUUUCCAACGCGCUGGGCCUACAUCGGGAUCCGUCCGGUUGGAAUAUAUCCACCUCAGAGAAGAAACUUCGGAUUAGGAUGUGGCGGAUGAUUGUUGUACAUGAUCGUUGGUGUAGUUUGGCAUAUGGCACCCCGAUGCAGAUCCAUCGCGCGCAGCAUGAUGUUCCGAUCCCAAAUGCAGAGGGCCUCUGCCCCCCUGGCGCGUCACCAUCCAGCAUAGCUGCGACUUCAGUUUUUAUUUCUCUCAUCACGCUCACUGAUAGCUCUCCUGAUCCGUUCGAAAUAUCCGCCACUAACCCUAAGCUUCUACUUGGAAAAUGGGAGCAGACUUUGAGCGACGAUAUUCGUAAAGCAGUCAUGCGUGGAACGCACCUUGAUGCCCCCGGCGCUGCAAAUCUGCGCCUAUCAUAUUUAGCCGUGAAACCUCUCCUGCGGCGGAUUCAGCUGGACCGAGAUCGGGGUCCAUUACCAGUGGAGGAGACUUUUGAUUGCCCGUUUUACCUGCGGGCUCAGAGAGCGGCCGAGGAUAUUGUCCACUUUGUGCAGGAGCUGGAUGAGUCUCAUUGCCGUGGAUUCUGGAUCCCGGCAAAUGGGUUUACGUUGACCUCUGCAAUGUCAUUUUUAUUGAGGAGUGCUUUGAGAUCCAGAAACUCGAGUGCGCAUAACAAUAACACACCACUAAAGAUUGCAAGGGAUAUGAUUGAUGCCCUACAACACCCCAGGCGGGAUUUCUCGUAG